GGGAGGGAGACCAAGAAAAUCAGAAGAAAGACAGGAGGUGAAGGAGGGAGAGGACAGUAUUGUGUGUCAGUUCAUCGAUUACUGGAGGUUUGUUGGGUUUGACCGGACGGCUCUGGACAGAUGGAGGAUUCAGAGAAUAUGGCAGUGACCGCUGAGACACAGGUGAUGAAUGAGCAGGAUGCCAAACACACGGAGCCGCAGGAGCCAGAGUGUGUCAGAGCUGACUCAGAGCCAGGAGGCGGAGCUGACACAACAGAGGGCGGAGCUAAUGAGGACAUCAAAGAGAACCCGGAGAAUACAGAAGCUGGAGCCAAUGACAGUGAGGCAUGUGAGCACGAGGGCGGAGCCACAGAGACCGUCAGCACAGUGGAGAAAGAGAAGGACAUCACAGAACAUAAAGAUGGAGAACAAGAAAAAGAGACAGAGGUGAAUAAAAAUAAAGAGAGGGAGGUAGAAGAAGAAAGAAAGGAGAGCAAGAAUGAUUCCUGUGAAAAAGAAGGACAACUUGAGGAAAAGCACAAUGAAGAGGAGAAGAGGACAAAAGAAGCUGAAGACAAAACUAAAACGAAGGAAGAUGAACGUGAUACAAAAGAGAAAAAAGAGACUAAAGAUGAUGUCAAGAACAAACCAGAAAGUCUAGGAAGAAAAAGUGGAGCAGGUCCGUCCUCUGCUGUCAGAGCUCCCGUGAGAUCAUCCGUCGGGUCUCGAUCUGCUCGACCCUCGACCCGAAGAGACGCCAUGGCCAAGUUUCAGAAGGACCAGACUCCAGGUGUCCGAAACUUUAAAGUUCAGCGGACAUCUAUAGGCACGGCAGGUGGAGCGUCAAUCCAACAGAAAAUUCUCAGCUGGUGCAGGAAUAAAACACAGAAAUAUGAGGGUGUCUGCAUAGAAAACUUCUCUUCCUCCUGGAGUGACGGCCUGGCUUUCUGUGCACUCAUUCAUCGCUUCUUUCCCUCUGCUUUUGACUUCUCCUCCCUCAAAGCCAGCGAACGAGAGAAGAACUUCACGCUGGCCUUCAGUACGGCAGAAUCUCUUGCUGACUGCUGCCCCCUUCUGGAAGUGUCUGAUAUGGUACUGAUGGGCAAAAAGCCAGACCCUCGGUGUGUUUUCACCUAUGUACAGGCUCUCUGUCAUCACCUCUCAAAGAUAGAGAAGGAGCGGAGGGAGAAAGAGAGCACAGAGAAGAGCACGAACGCAGAAGAACAUCCAGGGGCUUCUGAAGCCAACGACGGAGAGACGGACGAGAGUCAACAAAACGAGGAGACGGAGGAAAACGGAUCAGAUCCUGACAUGAAGACAGAACAAGAGACAGAUCAGAAUGAAAAUGUUAUAAAUGUUGUGGAUGAGAAACUGAAUGGAUGAAUGACAAAAGAAAGGAGAAUGAUUUAUCGUGAAUGAAUAGUGUCUAGUGUGGAUGAUCAUGUUAUUCUUUGUUGAAUUGUUUUGGGUUUGUAUUGGCGUUUCAUAUAUGUAGGUUUUCAUUUGGGGCAUUUUAACAUGUAUAUUGUUUUUGGUUUGACUUCCAACUUCAAAUUCACACUCAUUAUGUCUGAAUUCUGAGUAUGAAAUUCUAUCAAGUUCAGUUUAAAAAAGUUUGGAAAUCAAUUGCCUUAGUUUUACGUACACAAAGAGAAAAUCGAAGUGUAAUAAAUAACUUAACUAAUAAAUAUCAAGUAAGUUUAAUACUUCAAUUUCACUCAAUAUUCUUCCUAAAUACUAUUAUUCUCAGCAUGGAUUUGAUCUUCUAUUUUAAGUUAUAGAGGCUUAAAAAACUACAUGCAAUCGGUUUCCAACAAACUGAACUUGUUUUGACGAUAAACUAUAUAAGUUUGAAAUUCUCAACACUUUAUUUUUGUAAUAAACUUAUAAGCACAUCACAAUAAUAAAACUAUGCUUCUAAAACAUCCGUCCAUGUUCU